AUGUUGCCCUGGGGGCCGAGCUGCCUGUCGGCGCUGGGGGCGGCGGGCACCGCUCUCCUGGGCGCGGCCCUGCUGCUCAGCCUGGCCCAGCACCUCUGGACCCUGCGCUGGACGCUGAGCCGCGACCGGGCCUCCGCCCUGCCCCUGCCCAAGGGCUCCAUGGGCUGGCCCUUCUUCGGCGAAACGCUGCACUGGCUGGUUCAGGGCUCGCGCUUCCACAGUUCCCGCCGGGAGCGCUACGGGACAGUGUUCAAGACGCACCUGCUGGGCAGGCCGGUGAUCCGCGUGAGCGGCGCCGAGAACGUGCGCGCCAUCCUGCUGGGCGAGCACCGCCUGGUGCGCAGCCAGUGGCCGCAGAGCGCGCACAUCCUGCUGGGCUCGCACACGCUGCUGGGCGCGGUGGGCGAGCCGCACCGGCGGCGGCGCAAGGGCAUCCGGGCCAGGGACCAGCUGCACCAGCACCUGGAGGCGGCCAUUGCAGAGAAGCUUCACGAGGACGCGGCGGUGGAGCCGGGCGACGCCCUGGGUCUGAUCAUUCACAGCGCCAGGGAGCUGGGCCAGGAGCCGUCCGCACAGGAGCUGAAG